AUGGUGGCAAAAUUUUGGUGGAAUGGAGGAGAGGAGGGUAGGAAGAUUCAUUGGAAAGCUUGGGGUAAGUUGAUUGAUGCUAAGAAGGAAGGUGGGAUGGGAUUCAGGGAGUUUGAAGCAACUAAUGAGGCCUUAUUAGCCAAAAACUGCAUGGAGGAUCUUAAAACUGUCCAAAUGAGUUAUGGGUUAAAGUACCCAAUGGUGUUUAUUUCCCUAACUCUAGCUUCCUUGAGGCAAAAAAAAGGUGGUAGGGCUUUAUGGUUAUGGACUAGUAUUUUGGAUGGAAGAAAUAUGCUUAUGGAUGAUUUGUAUUGGAAAAUUGGGAAUGGAUAUGAUGUGAGGCAGGAAAGACAAGUGGAUAAAGAUUUUGAAGUAGCUUAG